GAUUUAUUGAUUACAGUAUUAACACGUGAAACGGCGAAACACUAAACAGAAUCGUUCAACCGUUAAAACUCCGCCCCGCGCCACCAAAUCCUCCUCCGCCGCCGCCGCCGGUGCUAAUCCCUAGUGAAGCAGCAGCUAGCGUAGUCAAUUCGCGAUGCCGUCGCUGCGACGGAGGCGCGCCGCCGCGGAGGAGUCGGUCCGGGCGCCGGAUCCGGAGGAGAAGAGGCCGGAGCUCCGGAAGCCGAAGAAGCAGCGGAAAUGGUCGUGCCUGGACAAUUGCUGCUGGUUUAUUGGGUGCGUCUGCGUGGUGUGGUGGGCGCUGCUGUUCUCGUACAACAUGAUGCCUUCCUCGUUCCCGCAGUACGUGACGGAGGCGAUUACGGGGCCAAUGCCCGACCCGCCGGGGGUGAAGCUGAAGAAGGAGGGGCUGCGGGCGAAGCAUCCGGUGGUUUUUGUUCCCGGAAUCGUGACGGGAGGGCUGGAGCUGUGGGAGGGGCAUAGCUGUGCUGAAGGAUUGUUCAGGAAGAGGCUGUGGGGAGGCACGUUCGGUGAAGUUUACAAGAGGCCACUAUGUUGGGUGGAUCACAUGUCGUUGGAUAAUGAAACUGGCUUGGAUCCUCCCGGUGUCAGAGUCAGGCCUGUUACCGGCCUAGUUGCUGCAGAUUACUUUGCUCCAGGAUAUUUUGUUUGGGCAGUUCUAAUAGCUAAUCUUGCUCGGAUUGGGUAUGAAGAGAAAGCCAUGUACAUGGCUGCAUAUGAUUGGAGGCUUUCAUUCCAGAACACAGAAGUGCGUGAUGGAGCACUGAGUAGAAUAAAAAGUAAUAUCGAACUGAUGGUUGCUACAAGUGGACACAGGGCAGUAAUUAUUCCACAUUCCAUGGGUGUUCUAUACUUUCUCCAUUUCAUGAAAUGGGUGGAGGCACCUGCUCCGAUGGGCGGAGGAGGUGGACCGGAUUGGUGUGCUAAACAUAUAAAGGCUGUGAUGAACAUUGGGGGGCCAUUUUUAGGUGUCCCUAAAGCUGUUUCUGGGCUUUUCUCUGCAGAAGGUAGAGAUAUUGCUGUUGCCAGGGCUGUUGCUCCUGGUGUCCUGGAUAAGGAUCUAUUCCGAAUCCAAACCUUGCAGCACAUAAUGAAGAUGACUAGGACAUGGGAUUCAACAAUGUCCAUGAUACCUAAAGGCGGAGAUACCAUUUGGGGUGGACUUGAUUGGUCACCGGAGCAGGGUUAUGCUGCAAGCAAAAGAAAACAUAAUACCAGCCAACCUGAGGACUUAACCUGUACAGAAGACGGAAAUGUUAAACAGAAAGUUAAAUUUGCCCAUUAUGGAAGGAUAAUAUCAUUUGGGAAAGAUGUAGCUGAGGCACAUUCUUCCGAGAUUCAGAGGAUUGAUUUUAGGGAUGCUGUAAAGGGCAACAAUUUUGCAAACGAUACUUGUGAAGAUGUGUGGACAGAGUAUCAUGACAUGGGUAUCAGUGGCAUCACAGCUGUUUCUGAAUAUAAAGCUUAUACUGCUGGAGAUUUACUAGAUCUGCUAAACUAUAUUGCCCCAAAAAUGAUGGAGCGUGGAAGUGCUCAUUUUUCCUAUGGUAUUGCUGAUAACUUGGACGACCCCAAGUAUUCGCACUACAAAUAUUGGUCAAAUCCAUUAGAAACAAGGUUACCAAAUGCCCCUGACAUGGAGAUCUUCUCUAUGUAUGGAAUUGGCAUUCCAACUGAAAGAGCUUAUGUGUACAAGCAGGUCCCAGCUGCAGAUUGCUACAUUCCAUUUCAAAUUGAUACAUCCGUAGUUGAAGAAGAUAUAGAUAGAUGCGUAAAAGAUGGUGUUUUCACCGUUGAUGGCGAUGAAACUGUGCCUGUUUUAAGUGCAGGCUACAUGAGUGCAAAAGCAUGGCGUGGAAAAACCAGAUUUAAUCCUUCAGGAAUGAAAACUUAUGUAAGGGAGUGCGAUCAUGCUCCUCCAUCCACUCUUCUCGAAGGCCGCGGCACCCAGAGUGGUGCUCACGUUGACAUCAUGGGAAACUUUGCUUUGAUCGAGGACAUUAUGAGGGUUGCUGCCGGGGCUACAGGGGAGGAGCUGGGAGGUGACCGGGUGUACUCAGACAUCUUCAAGUGGUCCGAAAGGAUCAAGCUACCUCUAUAAAGCUAACAUGUAUGAUAGGCUUCCACAGCUUCAUUUUGUAAAGUAGGAUGGUGCAUCGUGAUUGAGACGUCAGCUUCAGCAUGAUCGAGCUUUUGAAGCAGCGUACUAGUAUUCUGGUUAAGGUAUCAUGUCUUGUAACUGGAUAGGUAAUAACAUUUCAUCGCUGCUACAACAGUGUGUGUUUCUUUGGGGAUUGUGUGUUUUAUUUUCCCUCUGCAGCUGAUAUUUGUAUUAUUAUGAGUAUGGUUUUAGUGUUCUUCCAUGGGAUCAACAUUCAACAGGGUAGAGAUAAACGAAAGAGGUGUAUCUAUUCUUUGGUUUAGAUUUUAUGCUGCAGGAGAACUCUUGUUUCU